UGAUCGUAGAAUGCGAACAGCCUUCAUAUAUAGUAUGUGCCUAGAUAUAUAAGGAAGGCGGGCGCCCUUCAAGUGAGGGGAAUUUUCCAUUUGCAAGUCCAUCUAACAAUCAUACUUAGACUAGGUACGUUUUCUGGACCCACUUUCUCCAUGUACUCUGCGAAUAAUCAUGCGACUCAACCUUUGGGUCUUGCUAUGAUGACUAAUCUCCUCUGGAAACCUGGCAGCAAACUUAGGAUCGGUUUUAAAGGAGGCUCUAUAUGGCAGAAAGACCGAGUCAAGAAAUAUGCACUAGAGUGGUGUAAAUUUGCCAAUAUCGCAUUCACUUUUGUGGAUUCAGGGGAGCUAGAUAUCCUUAUCGCCUUUGACCCAACUAAGGAGUCCUCGUCGCGUCUGGGGGUAGACUGUGCUUGGUACAGCUCUCAGGAUCAACCAUCCAUGAAUCCGAAUUGCAUCAACAACAAUACUUCAGAAAGCCUUAUCCGCUACGCCAUCCUUCAUGAGUUCGGCCACGCACUUGGAGCCAUCCAUGAACACCAAAGCCCAUGUGUUCAGAUUCCAUGGGAUAAGGAAGAAGUGUACCGAGACCUUGGAAACCAUCCUAUUGGUUGGGACAUCGCCACAGUUGAUUAUAACAUGUUUUCUAUCGAACAGAAUCGGGAUAUUCAGGCCACAUCAUUUGAUCCGAACAGCAUCAUGAUGUACGAAAUCCGUGACAAUUGGACUAAAAAUGGCAAAGGAGUUUCACCAAAUCUCAAGCUGUCUUGUCUCGAUAAGGGCCAUAUCCGACUUUGCUACCCUAAUGAAGCGCACGAUGCCAGCCAACCCAACGUCGUGGCGGCCCGCCCAAAGGAGAAGUCACAACUGGCCACCGCCAGCGGUCUGGACCAAGAGGAAGCAACCCUGUAGGGAUUUCAAGGAAUCGUGCCGCUACGGAGAAUCUUGAGAGGCUUAGUCUAGGGCGGGGCAGCCAACAAAGUUGUUUCCCUUUAUGUAUACUCAAAUCCCCACAAUAGGUUACUGUGAGCUCUUUACACGAUGCUGCUCCCUAUAGUCAUGACUAUAAAAUCACCUAUCACCUUAAGGGAUAUGUAUCUAGAUAGAGAGUCUUAUCAAAACCACAUCCCUUGAAGUUACUGAGGUUGCCAAUAUAUAUGUUAAAGCUUCCUCGUACAGAAAUGUCGCCGAAAGUCUCGGUGCUGCUGUUGCGACGCU